CGCUACUAUUCACCGUACGGGAGCAAGUUACAUUCAAGGUCUACCCUACUCGCAGGAGGCGAAUUCGUCUCGCGCAUCUACUUCUACCCGCGAUCUAGGCAUUUCAUUCUUGAAAAAAAAAAAAAAAUAGCUUCUGUCGCUUUCCCCUCCCCUGGCCCAUCCUUGCUCGGUUGGAUUCACGAACGCUAUUUUAUUUUAUUCGCAAAUUGCAGCUCAAAACACCGCAACCAGGCACUGUCUGAAAGGGGCAUGUUACUGUCCACCUAAGCGGCCAACAUGUCCCCUCUCAGAGGUUAUAUCACAUCUUACCCCCCACGAGUGCGCCAGUAUGGCAACGCGCUCUUCACGCCUGUGAUUCCCCAGAGCCAAGUUGGUCCGACAUCACGGACCACGAAACGAGGAACCGCUGCUGUAAAUUACGCGGAGGAUGGCUUUGAUGACGAUGAUUUUGAUGAUAGUGAGGGACCCCGGCGGCCUACUGGUCUGAGGAGUCUUCGACGAGAGGAGUCUUCCUUUGAUAAGGUGGCGCUGGCUGAAAAAUUGGGGAAGGAAAUACACGCCCCUGUUGAAGUCCAAGGAGUUUUUCGAGACUGGAUGAUCAAGAGAAUGCUACGGCCUGCCUGUGCCGACCAAUUGCAAAUCCAAGCGCAACUCCCCCUUACCCUUAUACCCAUUCGAAUUGAUCUUGAAGUGCCGGCGCAUCAACCCCUAGAACCGUUUCCUCUGCCGCGAAAUGUGCUUGACCCUGCGAUUAAUCCUACACUGCCUGCGUACAGGAGACCAGACCCACUUCCUGCUUUUAGGAUCAAGGAUACGUUUAUGUGGAAUCUUCACGAGGCUCUUGCGACUCCUGAAGAAUUUGCCAUUGGAUUUGUUCGGGAUAUGGACUUGCCUAACCCGCAGGCAAUGACCACGACGAUCAGCACGCAAAUUCGCCAGCAACUGGAGGAAUAUGCUGGGGUCGCACUACAUCCUCUCUUCCAAAGCGCACAGCCAAAACAGGCUCUUUCGCAAGCAGGCCUCUCGCGAGACGUAUCUGUGUCUGCAACUCCGGUGCCCACCCAUGCUGCGACACCUGAUAGCAGGGCCAACCAGCUGACCACGACCAAAGAGCCAUUGGUGAAUGACAGCAUCCUGAAUCCAGAUGAUGCAUAUAGAUGUAUGAUCAACUUGAAUAUCAACCUGCAGAACAAACUUUACACGGAUAAAUUCGAAUGGUCUCUCCUGCAUCCCCCAGGAAUGGCAGAGGAAUUUGCCAAGGUUACCUGCGCAGAUCUUGGACUGGCGGGAGAAUGGGUUGGAGCAAUCGCACAUGGAAUCUACGAAGCCGUUCUAAAGUUGAAAAAGGAGGUCUGCGAAAGUGGAGGCCUCAUCAGCGGUCUUGGUGGUUAUGGAAACGAGAUUGAUAAUCAAGCGGCAAAUGGAGCCGAAGCGGGGUGGCGAUAUGAUCCCGAAGGCCUCGGUGAUGAAUGGGAGCCAAAAGUGGAAACUCUCUCGAAGGAGGAAAUUGAGAAGCGAGAAGGAGAUCGCGAACGACAGAUUAGGCGCCUACGCCGAGAAACCGCUCGAUUUUCUUCAACAACUGGCAUUACACCUGAAAUCUCGCGGCAGGGUAGUGGGUAUUUCGAUAUCGAUAGUGAGACCCCGCUGGGACGAGGCGAAAGGAAUAAGAGGAAGAGGCGUUUCCGCAGUCUCAGUCCGUUAGGAAGGGGAGGUACACCUGGUGGACGAGGGACUCCUGACACCGGAUCGGGCGCUGGAUAUGGCGGUGGUGGAGGCACACUAUCUGAAUGGGAACGACAAAAUUGGCGAUGCAGUAACUGUAUGGUUUGGGGUUCUGCGGUCUGGGCUGUACGAGACGGACCAGCUGGUCCAAGGACACUCUGUCACAACUGUGGACUUCUUUUUGAGCGAGACAAGGUCGCUCCUGAAUGGUCUCGGGAUCUACACCGUCAUGAUAUACCUGUCGGGCGCGUAGUCGGGUAGGAUAGGUAGAGAAAUCCCCAAGUGCAGACGCUCAAACCUCCAUCCAUUUCUUAUACGAGGGCCAAGGCUAGACAGACUGCUGUAGUCCUGAUUCUAUCAGCACAGCCUACCUGCGUCUAUCCGGAUCAACCCCUAGACAAGCAUCAUGCUACCCCGGUUUGAUCGAAGCUUGACCGUUUAUGCAAAGCAGCCCUGAUCCGCGCCGUCUUUUGGAAUUUAGUCCAUGUACUUUUAAGCUCGGCCAUGAUAUCUAAUGAACCUUUCACAGUCAGACUGGCGUAUUUGAUUUAACAUUCUUCUUCUCUUACUAUCUUUAUUCUACGUCAGUUCAGCUGUACGUUUUACACUAUGUUUUAUUUAUUUAUUUAUUUAUUUUGCUUUCUUCAACUCUGUCUCGAAUCCUUACUUUAUUCUUUUGCUUGGCCUUUGUUUACAUUACGAAUAUGCACGCUAGUCUCCG